AUGGACGCUUCACAGACAAAAGCCGCCGAGGCUCAACCGGAUGGCCAGAUGGACGCCAUAGAGGAUGUCGAAUACGGAGUCAAAGAAGCAUACAUCACGGAUGAGACGCCCAUCUCACCCGCGGCGGAGAAGGCCCUGCUGUGGAAGCAGGACAAGCGCAUCGUGCCGCUCUCAGCCGCCAUCUACUUCCUGUGUUACCUGGACCGGUCCAACAUCGGCAAUGCAAAGAUCCUCAACUCGUCAACGCACCACGACCUCAUGUCCGAGACGGGCAUGACGAACUACCAGUAUACGAUUGCUCUUAUGAUUUUCUUGGUGGCAUACGGGCUGUUUGAGGUGCCCUCGAAUGUACUGCUCAAGAAGCUCCGCCCAUCACGAUGGAUCGCCAUCCUAAUGUUUGGCUGGGGCGCCUGUUCCAUGGGUCUAGCUGGUGCUCAUAAUUAUGGCACCGUCACUGGCGUCCGCUUCCUCCUCGGGGUCUUCGAAGCCGGUUUAUUUCCGGGCUUGGUUUAUUACCUCACCUUCUGGUACAAGACAGACGAGCGAAGCAUACGUGUUGCCUUCAUUCUCGCCAGUGCCACACUUGCAGGCGCCUUUGGGGGUGCGAUCGCAUAUGGAGUUGGCCAUAUGAAUCAAGUUCAUGAUAUGUCUGGAUGGCGCUGGCUGUUCAUAAUUGAAGGGGCACCUUCCUGCGUAUCCGCGUUCUUGGUACUGUUCCUUUUGCCAGAUUUCCCUGAGACUGUCAAUUGGCUCUCUGGAGAGGAGAGGGCGCUUGCUCUCCGCCGGCUCCAUGUUGAAGGCAGCAAGGGACUGCACGAGUCUGACUGGUGGCAAGACACGAAAGCCACACUCCUGGACUGGAGGCUCUGGGGCCACUAUGCCGUAUAUUUCGGAAUCUCAACGCCGUUUAGCAGCCUCUCUCUGUUCACGCCUUCGAUCACGGCUGGUCUUGGCUACAAGGAUCUGCAGGCCCAGCUUAUGAGUGUUCCACCCUAUGCUGUCGCGUACGUGGUCCAGAUACUGGUGUCCUGGUCCGCCGACCGGUCCAACUCAAGAGGCCUCCACUCAGCUGUGAGUGCCACAGUUGGCGCGUGCGGUUUUUUGGCAUCCGCAGUCCUACCAGCAGAUGCAUAUUCUCAUCGCUACGGGUGUCUGAUAGUCGCAGCUGCCGGGGCAUUCGCAUGUAUACCUCCGCUGCUGGGAUGGCUGUCAUCAAACAUCUUCAGCACAGCGUCCGUGGGCCUUGCCAUUGCUCUGAACAUCGGUCUUGGAGGUGCACCAGGGCAGAUCGCAGGCGUGUGGAUCUACAAGGCUGAUGAGGCCAAAAAGGGAUACCCGACUGGCCAUUGGGUCAAUGCCGGGUUGCUCUUCUUUGUGGCUGCUGGAUGUGCGCUUUUGAGGCUCUACUACGGCUUGCAGAACCGGAAACUCUUCAGGGAGUCUGGAGGACGAGAUGAUGUUCGAUUUUACAAAUAUUGA